AUGGAGGGGUAUGUGAUGAUAGUGUUGAAGGGUUCUGUACCCAUGUCAUUUGGUGGAACUGAGCAGCCAACAGCGUAUGGUGAGUUGGUGUCCAUUGGGGGCCUCAACCCUGAUACAAACAAGAAGCUGAGUGCUGCUAUUGCCAGCAUACUUGAGACCAAGUUGUCCGUGCCUAAGUCACGGUUCUUCCUGAAAUUUUAUGACACUAAGGCAAGCCAUCUCAUGUCUCUGAGUCAUCUUUAA